CUUUUCAUUAGUGGGUGUUCAGAAAGCCAUCGAUCCUAGUGUGUGUCACUCCUUUUGGCCCCCCUCCCUCUUUUCGUUUCACUGGUAAGCGGCCACUUUGCAGUUCAUUUACGCACGGAGGACACCUCCUGCAUGGCACAAGCGCACCUUUCACGCGACGCGUUAUGAUAUCGGAUUAUUGCUUUUCUAUUCAAAACAGACUAUUUAUCAACUAUUCAUAGAUAGUCGACUAGACACUUGGAUCCAAAUGUAAAACUAUCUCCCUUUUUUAUUCUAACUUCUGUUUUGGAGCAUCUGGUGAAACUUGGAUUUCUUCUACGAUCAGUGUUUUAUACCAUGUAGUAGCUCGAUUGUCGAUCAUCAUGUUAAGAACACAGUGUUUACUGUACCUCGGAGUCCUUGUGGGGAUAACUGCCGCCAAUGAGAUGUUGAAAAAGUGCAUUAGAGGCAAUCACCCAUUCCUCAUGAACGUCGUGCUGCUGGAGGACAGCACGCACGACUGGAGCUUGCGCUACGUGAAGGAGGCCGUGCAGAACGCCAUCGAGAAGGACUACAAGAUCAACCAGGCCGAAGGUCUGACCCUCAAGCUGACGGCGUCCUACACGGGCUUCGACACGGCCGCCUACAACCGGCCCGGCUGCGGCAGCAGCAGCUGUGAGGGGGUGGAGAUCCUCAAAGAACUGCACCUAAACAAGAGUCUGGGCUGCAUCAUGCUGGGACCGUCCUGCACCUUCGCCACGUUCCAGCUGGUUGACGAGGAGGUGGGUCUGAAACUCAGCAUACCUGUCAUCUCCGCGGGGAGCUUUGGCUUGUCAUGUGACUACAAGCCCAAGCUGACCCGCCUGCUGCCUCCGGGGCGCAAGAUCACCGACUUCCUGCUCCACUUCCUGGUCGAGAAGGUCCCCGACGUCAAGCCGGCCUGGGACAUCGCCUACGUGUACAAGAAUGAGAACGACUCCGAGGAGUGCUUCUGGUACAUCAAUGCGCUGGAGGCCCCCUCAGCCAGGUUCGCUAAGGGCUUCAGCCGCCGCGUGAUGGUGCGCGGGGAGCGGGCGUUCCACGACGAGCUCACGGAGAAGCAUGGGAAGAGGAAGAGCAACAUUUUCAUCAUGUGCGGGACGAUCAGCGACAUUGCGUUGCUAAAGAAGUUGAAGAUUGAUCCGGACAUCGUAUUCGUUCUCCUCGACAUUUACAACCCCCAGUACUACGACAACACCACGUCCAGCGCCGGCAUGGAGGACGUCCUGGUGGUGACACUGCCUCAGAGGAACUACAGCCUGGACUCGGGGAUGCCCUACAACGACACGAUCAAUGACUACGUGGCGGGCUACCACAACGGGGCGCUGCUGUUCGGCCAGGUUCUCCGGGAAGAACUUCUGAAAAUUCCCCGGGCCUCCAGCAUCGACGACAACCCCUUCGGAAACGUCACCUUCGACGGUUGGGGGGGACGCUAUGUGCUCGAUGAAUACGGAGACCGGGACGCCAACUUCUCUGUCAUCUACACGACCAAGACCACCGGCAAGUACCAAACCCUGCUGAUCUUCGACUCGUCCAAUAACUCGACCACCGUGGUGGACGCCAACCCGGACCUCCCCUGGGAGGGAGGGACUCUACCCAAGGCACAGCCAGCUCACGAGAUGGAACUGCAGGAUAUCAUUUUGAUCGUCCUGAGUGUAAGCGUUGUCGUGGUAACAGCCAUCGCUUUCAUCUUCUACAGACAGAACAGAAAAGAGCGUAAGAGCCAGAAGAAGUGGUCCCACAUCAACCCCGACCUGAUUGGACCACUAGACGAGAAGGAGGUGUCCUUGACGAUUGAGGACAAAAGAAAGAGCAGCACGUAUCAUAUCAAUCGGGGCCGUUAUGACAAAAAGCCGGUGAUCCUGAAGCAACUGAAACACAUGGACGGGAAUUUCAGCGACCACCAGAGGAUUGAGCUCAACACCCUGCUGGCCGUCGACUACUACAACCUGGCCAAGUUCUACGGCACGGUCAAGUACGAGUGGGGCGUGUUCGGGGUGUUUGAGCUGUGCGAGAGGGGGUCCCUCCGGCAUGUUCUCAACGACCUCAUCUCCUACCCUGACGAGGCGUUCAUGGAUAUGGAGUUCAAGAUCUCCGUGAUGUACGACAUCGCAAAGGGCAUGUCCUACCUCCACUCCAGCAGCAUCGAGAGCCACGGCCGCCUCAAGUCCACCAACUGUGUGGUGGACAACCGCAUGGUGGUGAAGAUCACCGACUUCGGCUGCCACACCAUCCUGACUCCUGCUCUCGACCUAUGGACCUCCCCGGAGCACCUCCGUGUGGAAGGAGUCUCUCAGAAAGGGGACAUCUACAGCUACUCCAUCAUCGCCCACGAGAUUGUGCUGCGGAGGCCCACCUUCUACAUGGCCUGCUGCUCUGAGCGCGCAGAGAAGCUGCGCCGGGUUCAGUACCCUUCGGGCCUGACUCUCUUCAGACCGGACCUCAACUUCCAGACGGCCACAGAGACGGAGUUGGAGUUGUUCACACUGAUUAAAAACUGCUGGGAUGAGGACCCAGAGCGCAGGCCAGACUUCAAGAAGAUCGAGGGAACUCUGGGUAAGAUCUUCAGUAACCUCCACGACCAGGUGAGCGAGACGUACAUGGACAACCUGAUCCGCCGGCUGCAGAUGUACUCCAGGAACCUGGAGCACCUGGUGGAGGAGCGCACCUCGCUCUACAAGGCCGAGCGGGACCGCGCCGACCGCCUCAACUUCAUGCUGCUGCCGGGGCCGGUGGUGCGCUCGCUGAAGGAGAAGGGGUGUGUGGAGCCGGAGCUGUUCGAGGAGGUGACGGUGUACUUCAGCGACAUCGUGGGCUUCACCACCCUCUGCCACUACAGCACGCCCAUGGAGGUGGUGGACAUGCUCAACGACAUCUACAAGAACUUCGACAGCAUCCUGGACCACCACGACGUGUACAAGGUGGAGACCAUCGGCGACGCCUACAUGGUGGCAUCCGGCCUGCCGCGCUGCAACGGGAACCGCCACGCCGUGGACAUCGCCCACAUGGCGCUGGACAUCCUGGCCUUCGUCGGGACCUUCCAGCUGCAGCACCUCCCGGGCAUCCCCCUGUGGAUCCGCAUCGGGGUGCACUCCGGCCCCUGUGCAGCUGGAGUGGUGGGGAACAAGAUGCCGCGCUACUGCCUGUUCGGGGACACAGUGAACACGGCCUCACGCAUGGAGUCCACAGGCCUGCCCCUCAGGAUCCACGUCAGUGAGUCCACCAUUAACAUCCUGCAGAGGACUGACUGCAAGUUUGAGUACGAGAAGAGAGGAGAGACUUUCCUGAAGGGCAAAGGGAACGAGAUGACCUACUGGCUGACGGGCGUGACGGGAGGGGAGUACGACCUGCCCACCCCCCCCACCGCGGAGAACUUCCAGCGGCUGCAGCAGGACCUGGCGGAGAUGAUCAUGAGCAGCCUGGAGAGCCGGAGCGCGGGCAGCGGGCCGCCGGAGAAGAGGAAGACCCUGUCCACCCGGGUGCGGCGCCGCGAGACCAACGGCAGCCUGCCCAGCGACGGCCUGCCCGCCUACUUCGACCUGGCCGUCACCGACGACCCCAGCACCUACCUGUGACCCCCCCCCGUACACACACACACACACAGACGCACGCAGGCGCACACACUCGUCUGUCAUACAUUUAUGGCCGAGGUUGAGAGGGUGAGGGGUGAGGGGAGGGGGGCUGAGUGGUUAAGGGGGAGAGGAAAUAGCAGUAGAUGUGAGGGAGGGGAGAUGAGGUGAGGGGAAUUGAGGGGAGGUGAGGAGAUAAGAGGUGAGGCAAAUUAAGGUGAGGAGCUGGGAGGGGUGAUGAGGUGAGAUAAGAGAAAAGGGGAGGUGAGGUGCUGCAAGACAUGUUUCGUACUCACAUAGUGCCUUAACGACUUUUAAGUCAACUCUUAAAUCACUGGGGCUUAAGGAUGAAUCCGUUUGUGUAAUGUGUUGUGCGUGUGGAUUACCUCUGUUGACUCACUGAUCACACCAAAGUCACUCAACACUAAGGACAGGCAUUGACUGCGUUAUCGAGGGCCGGUGAAAGGCUCU